CUGUGUAUAAUGUACAACAUAUAUUCUCUGUUAUGCGGUGCUAAUAUCAAGAUGCUAACAGUAUUACUGAUGCGUUUGCCGGAAAUUCUCAGCGCAGCUUAUAAUACUAAUCUAAUGAAAUAUCAUCCGCCCUGAUCAACAACAGCGGUGUCCAGACUUGGAAGGUAAAAAAUCACAAAUGCCGCCUAUUGCAAAUCGCGGGCAUUGGUGAGUAGACAGCUCCGUCGCUUUGCACUCCCGUAGGCUGCCAUUAAUGGGUAGGACAGAUAUUCACUUUGUGGAUGCUUUGCCAAACAUACUUUUAUCACCCGGGAGAUCGUUACCUUCAAUAUUGAGCGUUCCUAUGCCGAACAGCUCUGCCUUAACAGACGCCCAUCAAGCAUACUAUGUAUGACCUCUGGCGCUCCGAGAGGUUGGUAUAUCGUGCCGUAGAGGUAGAGGACGAACCCUUCUUGGCCCGCAUACAGGCGCAGGCGAAGUCGCACCUCAACACCGCGCCUUUCACCCCGAAACCUUUAUCGAAAGAGUGGGUCAAGGGCACGCGGGAGUGGCUCCAUGACAAGUCUCUGAUUGAGGUGGUCAUAUGUCUGCCAGUGCCUGCGGAAGACGCCCCUCCCAGCGAAGCGGUGUCCGCUGCAGGCGAGAAGCCAAAUCCUAUCGGUCAUGUUCGCCUCGAGGAUAUGUCACCUAACAACGCUCAGCAUAGGCAUUCGGAAAUAGCGAUCAGUCUGUUAGAGGAGUUUCAGGGCAAGGGUUACGGUGGUGAGGCUAUCAAAUGGGUUCUCCGCUGGGGUUUCAAAUUCUGCAAUCUGCAUCACAUCGCCAUCAAUGCUUUCGAGUGGAACCCGGGGGCUAUUCGUUUGUACCAGCGUCUGGGCUUUGUCAAACAGGGGGUCAAACGGGAGUUUUUCUGGUUUGGCGGGAGAUACUGGGAUUUGGUUAUGCUGAGUAUGUUAGACAAGGAGUGGCGGGAGCUUUACAGUAAAGAAGAGACGCAGGAAAUGAUUGCUGGGAUGACAUAGCCUGGCAAUGUCAAAUAUUUUGGAGACAUGACAGUAUCUUCUGCAAAGGCUCACAUAGCUCG